AUGGCUCCAUCCGACGAUCUAAAGUCGCACGCUGCGUCUUCUCACGACUUUUAUGGCCUAUUGGGUCUCAACCCUACCGCCGUCGACAGCGAAAUCAGACGAGCAUACCGAAGGACUGCUCUCAAAUACCAUCCUGAUAAGAUAGCAAAUCCUACACCGGCAGAUAUUGAAAAGUUUCAUCUCCUCCAAAUCGCAUAUGAUGUUCUUUCUGAACCUCCUGUCCGACAGCUAUACGACAAUGCAAGGGAAGCUCGAGAACGGAAGAAGAGGGAGAAUGAGUUACUCGAAGGAGCACGGAGGAAGAUGAAGGAGGAUUUAGAGGCAAGAGAACGAGGGGUUAAACGGCCGUGGUGUUUUACUGGAUCCGGCGGAGAUCAUGACGAUUUACAAGCCGCAGAUGAUAAACUGGAACGGGAGAUCAGGCGGCUUGCAGAAGACGGGAAGAGAAGACGACGGGAAAAGGAGGAACGCAUGCGGAGCCAAGUGCUAGAAGAGGAGGAGAGGUUGGAAAGAGAAAAAGAGGAACUAGAGGCCAAAAAGCAAGGAACGUCUAAGAAUGGUGCGACCACUAUCAACGUAGGCGGAACAACUGUGCCAGAGAUAGAUCGAACUGUAAAAGUUCGGUGGAUAAGAGAGGGAGUCGGCCUUGAUAUGGAUAAAGCCAAACUAGAGUCAUUAUUUUCGACGUUCGGCAAAGUGGAGAGCACCUUCACGUUGAAGGAUAAGAGACAACGGGUGGGUGACCAGCGAGAGAAGAAAACUGUUGCUACUGGUGUUGUUGUCUAUUCCUCAGUAGUUGGUGCUCAUGCAGCUGUUGAAGAUCGAUUCAAACAUAGAGGUGACGCAUGGGAGGUCAUCGAAUCUGUGGCUUGGGCAUCGAACAAACAGCCGGAUUGGGAUGCCUACAGAGCUUCUUCUCCUGUGACGACAGAUAUGCACAGCAAGGCAGAAGCGUCAGCCGGUGCAGCUGCUUCUGAACCUGAUAAUUUACAUCCCCCAUCACCCAACAGGCCGAAGCGAUUCACCAUGGCCGACUUAGACCCACGAAAGGAGAAGUCGGAAGAUGUCAACAAAGUUGGGAAAGCUCCUUCAUUUGGAUCCUUCUCAUCUGCAAACGCUAAGGGGGGUUUUGGUGCAAGUGGCCCAAGUCUAGAGGAGCUCACUUUGAUCCGGUUAAAAAAUGCUGAGAGAAAGAGACUCGAGGAACAAAUCCAGAAAGAGGACGAGGCAGCUGCCCUCGCUGAUGCCAAGUCAGCGCAAUGA